AUGCCCCAGUCAGUCCCAGACCAGCGAGGCGAAGAUGCGUCCUACGAGCUCGAGACGAUAGGAUCGCGAACGAUCCUGGAGCGGCGUCAUACGGCAGAUAGCGGAAGAGAUGCCGUUCCAGAUGGCAGGUCUUCCUCGUCCCGCCGUGAACCGUCUGCGUUACUAGAGAGCGCAGAGUCAUGCAUAUCCUCACCCGAACACUCGCAGGCAGAGUUGCAGCUAUCUCACCAUGCGACCCAGCUCUACACAGUCUCCUAUCUUGUCCUCUUCUCCAUAUUUGGAACCCUGGCUCGGAUUGGACUGCAGGCCUUGACGGUAUAUCCCGGGGCGCCAAUAACUACGGGAGUGACAUGGGCGAACGUCGGUGGCUGUCUGCUCAUAGGCUUUUUCGCGGAGGAUCGCAAGCUCUUCCGUGAAGAAUGGGGUGCUUCUUCUGCUGGACGGGGAAAGCUGAAUGGCAAUGGCGAUGAGCAGCAGCGAAUUGACGAUCCUGAUAACGAUGUGGACGCGUUAAUGAAACACAAGGCAGUCAAGAAGACUAUACCGUUAUAUAUCGGUCUGACCACCGGAUUCUGUGGCUCGUUCACAUCCUUUUCGUCCUUCAUGCUUGAUGCGUAUCGUGCACUGUCAAAUACCCUGCCGAAUCCGAAUACAGAGAGUAUCUUGCCUAGAAAUGGCGGGUAUAGCUUCAUGGCGGUCGUAGCCGUCAUGUUAUACUCUAUUUUGCUUUGUCUCUCUUCAAUCGUGGUUGGAGCUCAUCUCGCAGACGGCCUGUCAUACUUCACACCACCCCUCCGGUUCAAGUUUAUGCGUAACGUACUUGACCGACUCGUCGUCGUAUUGGCCUUCGGGUGCUGGAUCGGAACUAUCUUCCUUGCCAUGUGGACGCCAGAUCGAUAUCGGCCAAUACAAGAGCAGCACUGGCGUGGUUCAGCUGAAUUUGCCAUUAUAUUUGCACCCAUAGGCUGUCUGUUUCGAUUCUAUGCUUCCUUGUACUUCAAUCCGUUUGUUUCUUCAUUCCCACUCGGAACGUUCUUGGUCAAUAUGAUAGGCACUCUGGUUCUGGGCGUGUGUUUCGAUUUACAACAUGCUAGCACCAUCGUUGCUAGAAAAAAUAUAGACGAUAUACCGUCCUCCCACCGGCUACUUGGCUGCCAGCUCCUCAGGGGCAUAAUGGACGGGUUCUGUGGAUGUACCACCACUGUGAGCACUUGGAUUGCUGAAGUUCACAGCCUAAACAUGAAGCAUGCCUAUCUAUAUGGACUCGCCAGCAUUGGAUUGGGGCUCGCCCUUUUAGUUGUUAUCAUUGGACCCAUGCAAUGGACUGCCGGAUUGGCGCAACCGGCCUGUUAG